AAAAUUAUUAAAUAGUAGGCAUGGCGAAAUAGCGGUGAAAAGGCCGACAUAAUUAAAUAAAUAAUAUAAAUAUAAUUAACUGAAGAUCCAGGCCCGGACAGCAACAGGCGCAAUAAUAUCUACUGAAUAGCAAACAAGGUCGUGACGAAUUGCACCGUUUGCGUCAUCCGUAAAUAUUGCCGAAAAUGACAAAGUGUGAGACAACAAAUUGUGGCAAGGAUGCAACUCUCCAGUGUCCUACUUGUUUAAAACUAGGUAUCAAGGGAUCCUUUUUCUGCUCCCAACCAUGCUUCAAAGGAUUCUGGAAAGAGCAUAAAGUAAUUCAUGCCUUAGCCGGCGGUCAGCCCCCCGUUGACGAUGGCGUUUACAAUCCUUGGCCACAUUUUCGGUUCACUGGAAAGCUACGACCAUUUCCCCAGACUCCAAAGCGCGCGGUGCCAGAGAGCAUACAACGGCCUGACUAUGCCGACCAUCCAGAAGGGCGCUCUCUCUCGGAGGAGGCGUUGCGAGGCACUACCAUCAAAGUGCUCGACGAUGAUGAAAUCGAAUGUAUGCGUGUAGCCGGUCGGCUGGGUAGAGAGUGCUUGGAUGAAGGUGCUAAGGCUGUGGAGGUGGGCAUCACCACGGAUGAGCUGGAUCGUUUGGUCCAUGAAGCGGCCAUUGAGCGCGAUUGCUAUCCGUCGCCCCUGAACUACUACAAUUUUCCCAAAUCCUGCUGCACUUCGGUAAAUGAAGUUAUUUGUCAUGGAAUACCAGAUAAACGUCCUUUGGUGGAUGGCGAUAUUUGCAACAUCGAUGUCACCGUUUAUCACCAUGGAUUCCAUGGCGAUCUCAAUGAGACGUUCUUUGUAGGCAAUGUAUCGGAGAAGCAUAAGAAACUGGUACAAGUAACUCACGAGGCACUCAGCAAGGCCAUUGAACUGGUUCGUCCAGGAGUCAAGUAUCGAGAAAUCGGCAAUGUAAUACAGAAGUAUGUAGCACCCCAUGGAUUUAGCGUGGUGCGCAGCUAUUGCGGCCACGGCAUACAUCGUGUAUUCCACACAGCUCCCAAUGUCCCACAUUAUGCCAAAAACUCUGCUGUGGGUGUAAUGGCAGCUGGACAUUGCUUUACCAUUGAACCUAUGAUCUCCAUGGGUAUGCAGAAGGCUGAAUCUUGGCCAGAUGAUUGGACAGCUGUCACUGCCGAUGGCCUCUAUUCGGCUCAGUUCGAACAAACGUUGCUGGUGACCAACAAUGGUUGUGACAUCCUAACCAAGCGUCGCGAAAACAAUGGACAGCCUUGGUUUAUGGACAAGCUGUAGAAACCACCAAAACUUGCCCCAUGGACUGGACCAGCUGAAUCACUGCUAAAUUAUACAUUGAUAUGUUCGUAGUUGUUGAAGCUUUAAUUUGUAAUUAUACAAUAAAAAUCUAGUGUUUGCAAGUCCA